UUUGCCUGAAUCGGUGUCCUCCUUUCUGUCGCAUCCUGUUGUCGGAGAUGAAUGUUGACCUGUUCCUUUCUCGAAUCGAGGCUCUCAUUGGUCAUGGGCGACACAGAUGUGGCAUUUCCACCAAGCCAGGUGGAGGAUCUGCAGCUGAGCCCAUCAUCAUCCUCUGCGUCAGCUGUCUCCUGCCCUUCGUCACCAUCCUCUUCCUCUACCUCCUCUUCCUGCUCUGACCACCAGCACCUCCAGUGCACCAGCCCCAGCAGCAGUGACAGUAGCAGCACACGGGGCUGCAGCCCCCCGCUGGAUGUGAUCUCCGAGGGUUAUGGAGAGUUGGAUUUUGUCAUUGACCCUGAGAUGGCCCAGAAGGCCUGCCAGGAAGUGCUGCAGAAGCUCCAGCGUCAGCAGGGUGACAGUGAGCCUAUAGGAGACAAUACAGACCAUAGACUGGACAAUGGAGCCAUUCCCCCAGAGUUGCCAGAGGGUGGCAAUUGUAAGCCCCCAAAGAUCAGUGAGGAGGAUGAGGAUGAGGAGGAUGUGGGAGAGGAUCCUCCCUGUGGCACAGUUAGGAGUGUCCAGCGGAAGCAGAAGAACGACUCCUCUAAGCAGUCAUGGCUGCUGCGUCUCUUUGAGUCCAAGCUCUUUGAUGUCUCCAUGGCCAUUUCCUAUUUGUACAACUCCAAGGAGCCGGGUGUGCAGGCCUACAUCGGCAACCGCCUCUUUAGCUUCCGCCACGAAGGUGUGGACUUCUACCUGCCACAGCUGCUCAACAUGUAUGUGCAUAUGGACGAGGAGGUGGGCGAUGCCAUCAAGCCCUACAUUGUGCACCGCUGUCGGCAAAGUGUUGGCUUCUCACUACAGUGCGUGUGGUUGUUGGGGGCCUACUCCUCAGACAUGCACAUUUCUGCCCAGCGGCAUUCCCGCGGUGCCCGGCUUCGCAAAGUCAUCCUCUCUGAUGAGCUGAAGCCGUCUGGCUCGCACACCCGCCGAGAAGCACACCCGUCUUCGGAGGCCUGCCUCUCGCCCUCCAAACGAACGCACCAGCGCUCCAAGUCAGAUGCAAUGCUCAGCGUGAGCCUCAGCAGUGGUUUGAAGAGAACAGCCAGCAACCCCAAAGUGGAGAGCAGCCAGGAUGAGGAUCCAAACUCCAGCUGUGAGAGCACUGACACUGAGACGCCUGCACGCCUGACUCCCCAGCGUGAGUUCAUCAAGUCCCUGAUGGGCAUCGGCAAGCGGUUGGCCACACUUCCCACAAAGGAGCAGAAGACCCAGCGGCUCAUCUCGGAGCUCUCUCUGCUCAACCACAAGCUGCCAGCACGAGUCUGGCUGCCCACAGCCACCUUUGAGCACCAUGUAGUGCGGGUACCCCACACACAAGCUGUGGUGCUCAAUUCCAAGGACAAGGCACCAUACUUGAUCUAUGUAGAGGUAUUGGAAUGUGAGAGCCUAGAGACCUCCCCUGUGCCAGCGCGAAUCCCGGAAACACGCAUCCGCAGCACGCGCUCAGCAGAGAACCUGCCCGACUGUGGCAUCACUGCAGCUGAGCCACGUGUUGCCAGCUUCACCACCGUGCCCAAUUACGACAAUGACGACGAGGCCUGGUCUGUGGAUGACAUAGGAGACCUGCAGGUGGAGUUCCCAGAAGUCCACACAAGCAGCUGUGAUAAUAUCUCACAGUUCUCUGUGGACAGCAUCACCAGCCAGGAGAGCAAAGAGCCAAUCUUCAUUGCUGCAGGAGACAUCAGGCGGCGUCUGUCAGAGCAGCUGGCACACACCCCCACUUCGUUCAGGCGGGACCCUGAGGACCCGUCUGCCGUUGCACUCAAGGAGCCCUGGCAGGAGAAGGUCCGGCGUAUACGCGAGGCCUCCCCCUACGGACACCUCCCCAACUGGCGGCUGCUCUCAGUCAUCGUGAAAUGUGGCGAUGACCUUCGGCAGGAGCUACUCGCCUUCCAGGUGCUCAGCCAGCUACAGUCCAUCUGGAUACAGGAGCGCGUGCCCCUGUGGAUCAAGCCCUACAAGAUCUUGGUGAUCUCAUCAGACAGCGGGAUGAUCGAGCCUGUGGUGAACGCCGUGUCGCUCCACCAGGUGAAGAAGCAGAGCCAGCUGUCUCUCCUUGACUACUUCCUGCAGGAGCACGGUGGUUACACCACAGAAGCCUUCCUUACUGCGCAGCGUAACUUUGUGCAGAGCUGCGCAGGCUACUGCCUUAUCUGCUAUCUGCUUCAAGUCAAGGACAGGCACAAUGGGAACAUCUUGCUGGACUCAGAGGGCCACAUCAUCCAUAUCGACUUUGGCUUCAUCUUGUCCAGUUCCCCCCGCAACCUGGGCUUUGAGACAUCGGCCUUCAAACUCACUAGUGAAUUUGUGGAUGUGAUGGGUGGCCUCGAUGGAGAUAUGUUCAACUAUUACAAGAUGCUGAUGCUGCAGGGCCUCAUUGCUGCACGGAAACAUAUGGAGAAAGUGAUCCAGAUUGUGGAGAUCAUGCAGCAAGGGUCACACCUGCCCUGUUUCCAUGGCUCCAGCACCAUCCGCACGCUGAAGGAGCGCUUCCACAUGAACCUGACGGAGGAGCAGCUGCAAGUGCUGGUGGAGCAGAUGGUGGAUGGCUCCAUGCGUUCACUCACCACCAAGCUGUAUGACGGCUUCCAGUACCUCACCAAUGGCAUCAUGUGAAUUUGUGUGCAGAGAGCUGCACUCCCUACACGGUCGCCGUACAGCCUCAGGACUUGGGCGUGAAUGCCUUUCCUGUCACUACUUGACCUUGUGAUGCUCUUUUCCCUGGACCAUGUGAUUAUCUUCUUUCAACAUCUCUGUGGGGUGGCCUUGUUUACCACAUCCUUGCAGUCUCUGCUCUCUGUGGAUGUUUUUUUUUUCUUUUUGAAUCUGGCUAAUGUGGAAGACACCUCUCCUGUCCCUCAUUCUUCCACCGCUUGGGCAUUCCUCCAGAACCUUGCUUCCCCAAAUAAGCUUGGCUAGCAGGAUGACGUGACGAUGAAGAGCAUGGUCGUCCGCACCACGUUGCGUCAUUUGAGGCCCCUGUACUUUCGUCCCUCUCAUUUUAGUUGUGAACUUGUCACUGACAGUCUUCAACACAAGCGGAAUGUCUUAAUGAAUGCAUCAUCUCGACAUUGUCUGUUUGGGGCAGGGGCAUGUGCUAGGACCACAAGUGAGGAUUUGUACUGCAAGAAUAAGUGGAGGGAGAGAAUCCAGGAAGCAGUUGCAGCAUGCCCGCCUUGUCCUGCAGACCCAGCUCCCCUUGCAGUACUGCAUGCGGCCCUUUGUCUUGCUUGAUGUGCCUUUCCUUGCCUGUCGUGCCGGGUUCCCUGUGGGCUGAGGGAACACGAGUGCAGCAGUAGAACGGGUACCUCGUGGAGGCCUCAUGUAGGUACAGGGAAGGCAGGCAGAAGGCAACCAUUUUCGCAGUUUUGCUUCUUGGAAACAUUUUAUAAACCUUGACUAAGUAUAAGAACUGUUAAACUUUUAAAAACACAAAUGUAGAGUAGCAAAAAUGACCUUUUUUCAGUAUUUCCAAGCUAUCAGAAGCACAAAGUAUAAUCCAUACUUGAAUGAAAUCCACUUGUGGAGAGGCAGAAGUUGUUUGGUCUCAUAAGUGGUCAUUUUGUGUGUGUGUGUGUGUGUGCG